AGUGAUGACUGAAUGAGCCUCAGUGUUUGGCUUGGUUUGACAAGUUUCCCUGCACGACCAUGGCGGUGGGAGAGAGUUGUUAGUUGUCACACAGGUAGAGAGUUGCAGCUCCCUCUGUGCGUGUUUCAGGUACACUUCUUGGCACUAGGCGCUUCGGCAAAUGUAGGGACGUGAGAAGUGUCCGAUUUUUUCUCUUCUGAGCGAUUCGACAGCCAGCAAAGUCUACACUGGGAAGACAGACACGAGAGCAAAGAUGAACAGCCUAUCCUUUGACGAUCCCUCGUUGGAUAAUCUGGAUCCUACACUGUCGCUCAAUGACCCCAGCGAUAUUGACACGGCUCUCUUAAGCGACAUUGAUGAUAUGUUACAGCUCAUCAACAACCAGGACAUGGAGUUUGGAGGACUCUUUGAUAACCCUCCAUACACAGGGCCCCCUCCCACCCAAGAGCUUCCUGGUUUGACCCAGUCUAUCACCUCAGCUGCCCCUCCAGCCACCACCACCACACCCUCACCUUCAUCCUCCUCUUCCAUCCUAAGCAGUAGCCCCCACCUGGAUGCGCUCCUGGGACCCCCCAUCACCCGCAGCUCUUCCACUCCAGACAAGGCCUUCCAGCCUCCCACUUUCCAGCAGUCCCCCUUGGCCCAGGUACCCAGCUCCACCCCACGGCAGCAGCCAGCCUCCCCGCAGCAGGCUCAGACCCUCAGACAGCCUCAGGUGGAACAGCCCCAACCCAUUCUCAGCCCAACUGCACCGGCCCAGGCAGCUUCACCCCAUGGCUCACCGGGACCGAGCCCGGUGUUCAGCUCCACGCCACAGGCUCUCUUCACCUCGCCUGCACCCCAGACUCCACUUCAGGCCCAGCCACAGACACAGACACAGACACAACUUCAGGCCCAGGCUCAGCCCCAACAAGCCCGGACCAACUACAGCAACCAGAACAACUACACGGCUGGCAGCCCCGGCAACGUGAGCCAACCCGCCACCAGUUUGCCAUCCUCACCUCCAAGUGUUCAGCCAGUGGCCAUCCAGACUCAGCUCCAAGGGCUGACCACCACCUCCUCUCUGCUGGCCACGUCAGCAAGCCCACCUGUUCAAACCAUCGCGCCCCAUGUGCAGCAAGUACCCGUGCUGCUGCAGCCCCAGUUCAUCAAGGCUGAGUCUCUGCUGCUGACCACUCUCAAGCAUGACCCCUGCAUGGUCACCACUGUGGCCUCUCCCACAUCCCUGGCCACAACCACCACCCCAGUACAGAGCACUUCACUGCAGGCUUUCAUGGGCGGUGGCACCAUCCUGACCACGGUGCCGGUCAUGGUGGACACUGAGAAGCUGCCUAUCAACCGCAUUGCCAUCAGCAGUAAGCCGGCCGGCCAGCCCCACAAGGGUGAGAAACGCACUGCUCACAACGCCAUCGAGAAGCGCUACCGCUCUUCCAUCAAUGACAAAAUCGUGGAGCUCAAAGACCUGGUGGCUGGUACUGAGGCCAAGCUCAACAAGUCUGCAGUGCUGAGAAAAGCCAUUGACUACAUCCGUUACCUGCAGCAGGCUAAUCAGAAACUCAAACAGGAGAACAUGGCUCUUAAAAUGGCAGCUCAGAAAAACAAGUCGCUCAAGGACCUGGUUGCCAUGGAGGUAGAUGGACAGUCUGAUGUGAAGAACGAGCUGCCCACCCCCCCAGCUUCAGAUGUGGGCUCCCCGACUUCUUUCUCACACUGUGGCAGUGACUCAGAGCCCGACAGCCCGAUGGGGGAAGACACAAAGCCGAAUGUGGGCAUGUUGGACGGAUCGGCAGCAGGCGGUAGUGCUGGCGGCAUGUUAGACCGUUCCCGCAUGGCGCUGUGCGCCUUCACCUUCCUUUUCCUCUCUCUCAACCCUCUGGCAGCUCUGCUGUGUUCAUCUGGCAGCAGCUCAGCUGGAAGCACCGCAGCCACCACCACCCAUCACGCAGGCAGGAGCGUUCUGGGUGUGCAUAUUGCUGCGGACUCAUGGGGUUGGAUGGACUGGAUGCUACCAACUAUACUUGUAUGGCUACUCAAUGGUAUUCUGGUGUCUGGAGUUCUGAUCCGUCUCUUGGUGUAUGGAGAACCUGUAACCAGACCACACUCUGGAUCCUCUGUUCUGUUCUGGAGGCACCGCAAGCAGGCUGACCUGGACCUGGCUAGAGGGGAUUUUGCUCAGGCUAGUCAGAACCUGUGGACCUGUCUUAAGGCUCUCGGUCGUCCCUUACCCACCUCUCAGUUGGACCUGGCUUGUGCUGCUUUGUGGUCUCUGCUAAGAUUCUGCCUCCAGCGCCUCUGGGUGGGCCGCUGGCUGGCUGCCAGAGCUGGAGGGCUGCGAUCCGACCGCCCCCUGCAGGAAGAUGCCUGCAAGAGCAGCCGUGAUGCUGCCCUAGUUUACCACCGCCUGCACCAGCUUCAUAUGACAGGUAAAUUGAAUGGUAGCCACCUGUCCGCAGUGCACAUGGCUUUAAGUGCAGUGAACCUGGCAGAGUGUUCUGGCUCCUGUCUGCCUGUAGCCACUCUGGCUGAGGUCUACGUCUCUGCAGCUCUACGGGUCAAAGCCAGCCUGCCAAGGAUCCUCCAUUUCACCUCUCGUGUGUUCCUGAGCAGUGCCCGGCAGGCGUGCCUAUCCUCCAGUGGCAGCGUACCUCCAGCCAUGCAGUGGCUCUGUCACCCACUAGGUCACCGCUUCUUUGUGGAUGGGGAUUGGGCUAUUCGCAGCACUCCUAAAGAAAGCAUCUACAGCCAGGCUGGCAAUACUGUGGAUCCUCUGGCCCAGGUGACUCAGGCGUUCAGAGAGCACCUCUUGGAGAAGGCUCUGUACUGUGUCGCCCAGCCUCACGGAGAGAAAAGUUCCAGCCAGGGCGAGGGGGAGUAUGCUGAUGCCCUGGAGUACCUCCAGCUGCUGAUUAGCGCAUCAGAUGCAGCCGGUGCCACAUCCCAGUCCUUUGCGAUCGGCUCCAACAUGGCCACUGUGACUGGCUGUGACCCCCACUCCAAGUGGUGGUCCUCGGUCGCCGUGGUGAUCAUCAACUGGCUCCAAGGAGACGACGCUGCGGCGGAGAGACUGUAUCCGACUGUUGAGCACCUGCCCCGCAGUUUGCAGAACGCAGAGAGUCUUCUGCCCAAGGCGUGUCUGAACACAUUCAGGGCAGUCCGGGCUCUGCUGUCCAAGCCAGAAAACUGCCAGUUGAGUCUGAGCUACAGCGACAAGGCCAGCGCCCUGCUCCGAGACAGCCUCAACCUAGGACCACACUGCCACAGCUCCAGUUUAGACAAGGUCAUCCAGUUGCUCUUAUGUGAUCUGCUCUUGGUAAUGAGGACCAACGUGUGGCGUCUGCAGCAGCAAGGGGCUGGUCCUGCAGGGUCUGGGCCGGUGGGUACCAGCGGCCCGCCGGGGGUCCACCAGGCCUCCCCGCCGGAGCUCCAAGGCUUUCAGCAAGAUCUCAGUUCCCUGCGCAAACUGGCGCACAGCUUCAGACCUGCAAUGCGAAGAUUGUUCCUCCAUGAAGCUACAGCCAGGCUGAUGGCGGGGGCCAGUCCCACUCGCACGCAUCAGCUCCUGGAUCGCUCGCUGCGACGCAGAGCAACACCCGGAGCCAAGACAGAGGAGUGUGAGACGCGACGCCAGCGGGAGCAGGCGGAGGCUGUGAUGCUGGCGUGCCGCUACCUUCCUCCCUCCUUUCUGUCGGCUCCCGGCCAAAGGGUGGGCAUGUUGGCUGAUGCGGCCCGCACCCUGGAGAAGCUGGGAGACAAGAGAACCCUGCACGACUGCCAGCAAAUGAUCAUCAAGCUGGGCAGCGGCACCACCGUCACCAACAGCUAGAGAGAGAGGGAAGGGGAGGCGGGGAGGGGCUGAGAGACAUGCAUGGACACUGUAUAUAGAAACAUCUCUGACAUACAGAAACAGACAGACACAUGAAAUAUGUUCUCACAGACACACAACCAUACAGUCUGGCAUUUUUGGCGUGCAGCUACUGAACAGAUUUAUCAAACUAUACAGAUUCAUAUCAUCUUGACAGGAUUUUCCUCAUGGACUGUCCCUCCCACCACCCCAACCCCACAUCAGAAGGCACUUAUAGAGUUCACACUGUUAUUGCUACGGAUUAUUAUCAGAAUAUAGGAUGCAUUUUUCUCUCUUAGCGAGCUAAUUUCCCC